GCGAUCAAGCAGUCGACCGUCCGCCGAGCGAUCAAGCUGCUACCUUUCAUAGUCACACUAUUCGACUGCACGAUAGUGAAUUGUACUGCGCGCAAGUAUCAACGGUGGUUUUGGCGUUGGCCCGGCACUGCACGCGGUGGUGAUGGCGUUUUCGCUCUAGACGUGCUACUUGUGAUUCUUUAAGUAUGGACGCUUCGCAGCAACAGCUGGUGAGGGGAACUAUCACGUUGAAGGGUUCGGCGGCUAUUGUGUCGGAUUUCUUCUUUCACGCUGUGAAUAGUAUAUUGUAUCAACGCGGGAUCUACCCUAGCGACUCCUUCACGCAAGUCAAGAAAUAUGGGCUGCCAAUCUUGGUGUGUGAAAACGACGGGGUGAAGAAGUACCUUAACCAGGUGUUGGAACAAGUGUCAGAUUGGUUAUCAACUGGCAACUUGAAGCAAUUAGUGAUGGUGAUUGCAUCUUUGUCGUCGUCAGAUCCCAUCGAACGGUGGGUGUUCAACAUCGAGACGGACAAGGCGGUGGUAGAGUCGGGAGUGACGCGAGAGAAGCCGGAGAAGGAGAUCAUGGGAGAGAUCCAAGCUAUUAUUCGUCAGAUCACGGCAAGUAUAACUUUCCUUCCUCUUCUAGAGGAGAGGUGCUCCUUCGACUUGCUAGCAUAUACCACAGCUGACGCCAAAGUGCCAGAAGCUUGGGACGCGAGCGAUGAACGGCUGCUAAAAAAUGCUCAAAGUGUACGCCUCCGAUCUUUCAGCACCAAGGUUCAUCAAGUCGACACAAUGGUCGCUUACAGGCACUGCGACGACGAUGAGGAUGAAGAUUAGCUUCUAUCAGUUUCCAUUCAUUUCUAACUGACUGCGGAAGUACUCAGUGAUUGUUAUCAUCCUUCCUCCUCCCUCUCCUCUUCCUGUUCCUCCUUUCUCCUCCCCCUCUCGUCUCCUCUACCCCUCCCCUCUCCUCUCCUCUCCUCUCCACUCAUCUCCCCUCUCCUUCUCUCUUCCUCUGUCUUCUUUUCUUCUUCUCUUCUCCUCUCUCCUUCUCUCCCUCAUCAUCUUCUCUAUUCCUCUUUGUAAUCAUCCUCCUCCCUCUCCUCUUCCUGUUCCUCCUUUCUCCUCCCCCUCUCGUCUCCUCUACUCCUCUCCUCUCCUCUCCACUCAUCUCCCCUCUCCUUCUCUUCCUCUGUCUUCUUUUCUUCUUCUCUUCUCCUCUCUCCUUCUCUGCUUCUCCUUGCUUUCUCUCCCUUCACCUCAUCAUCUUCUCUAUUCCUCUUUGUAAUCAUCCUCCUCCCCACCUGCUCUAACUUCUUCUCCUCCUCCUCCUCAUUAUCAUGGGAAUAUAGUGGAGUGGAAUUUACUCAGACGUUGCCCUUCAUGAAUAUUUCCCCUUCAGUUUUGCGGAGCUUGAUGCACCAUCCCUCUUCAUACCUUUUUUUUAAUCUUCCUCGUCAUUCCGAGGCCAUAAAAAACAUCUUAGGAAAUUGAUCGCUUUGUUGAUAGAGGAGUUGUGCGUUCGAAGUUGGUGUUAGGCUUCCAAGGAGCAGAUUUGCUAUGCUGUCGCCUACACGUUUCGAUCUUUGUUACUCACAGUAAUUCAUCCACUUGCGAAAGCAGUUAGAUUAUUCCGCAUGCUUCUUCCGUUUCCUGCUCUUUAAUCAAGAUGGCCGUACUACUAGCUGACUAUUCAUUAUCGGUAGCCCCGAUCUGGCUGUGCCAUCCUCUUCCUCCUCGUCAUUCUCCCCACCACCCUCCCUCUCACCAUCCACGUCCUUCUAAAUGCGUUCUCUAACUAUUGACAUCAACAACGUUUUCUCGACCUCGACAGCCUCAUCGUUCUUGUCGUUCCCAUCGUCAUCAUCAUCAUCAUUAUGGUUAUUGAAGCUUUGUGCUACUUUGCAGAGUUUGCAGGUGUUCGAACACGCGCCGACCGACCGCCGGUCCAUCUCAACUUGCACACCAGCUGCCAGUGAUGGGUGGAGCAGCUUAUUAAGUAAUUAGUCUUUCGACUGACUUGUCGUGUUUCUUAAUGGCUUGAUUGAUCGAUAGAACUCGACCAAGCGUCCUUUGAAAGCCGAACUAGUUUUGUACAUAUCGUGAAGUAAAUGCCUCUUGCCUCC